AUGAUUAGAAUAUAAAAAUGUACAGGGGACGAUGAGAUUGAAUAAGAAAAAGAUAUUAACCUCUGGUUUGAAAGAAUGUAUACCGAAAUAAGUGCUAAAUAAUAAGAAACAAAAUAGAGAACUGACAAAUAUAAUGUUGAGAUUAAACCAAAAACCAAAAACCAUAAAAUCAGUUUUAGAGAUGAAAUCCAUCCGUAAGCUGGGUUAGAGGAUGUAUAUGAGGUUGUAAACUGGAAAACAUUUAAUAUUAAAGAAAGAGAUCCAGUAGACGAUUGCUUUUGUUAAAUCUCAUGA